AUGAACGUUGCACGAACUCCCGUUUUCCGCGCCGGCCUCCGGCAGAUGCGACACCUACAACGGUCCGCUUCGCGUCACACACGGCUCGCCAGCACCGGCCCCGGAUCGCAAGACCAACUAGGUGACAAAGGCACGGCCAAGGUGUAUAACAAGGACGGCACGAACCCCAACAAGAAUCUGAUAUACUUCGGUAUCGGCGCACUCGGCCUCGGGGGAGUUUACGCCAUGUUCAUGGGGCGCCCGGAGAAGGUUGCUAGCAAGGCGGGGGAGAGGGAUCCCGAGGGAGUCGCACGCCAACGGCCGCCGAACGCGAGUGCCGCUCGCUGA